AUGUCCACAACACCCAACCUUGACGCCCUCCAACGCGACGGCUUCGUCGUCGUCCGCAACCUCCUCACCCCCACCGAAAUCACCCACUACCGCACCAUCGCCACAGAAGCCACCACCAAAACCCGCACCGGAAGCUGGCCUCACUUCCGCACCGGUGGAAUCUGGGGUGUCCAACACCUAAUGCACCCCUCCAUGCCAGGCCGCGAAGCCUUCGCAAAAUGCUACUUCUCCCCGACAAUCCUCGCCGUCGCCGAAGAACUAAUGGGUGUGAACGCCGACACAACAACCGAUAACGAACCCCUCGUAAUGGAACUCUUCAAUCUCCUCGUCGCGCCGGAAACCAAAGACUUUGAACUCCGCUGGCACCGCGACGACGUCGCUGAAACCGCCACCGCCGAAGAAGAAAUCUCCCAAUUAGCCGCCAAAUCGCCCGGCGGCCGCCAGUCACACGCACAAUAUAACCUCGCGCUCUGUCGCGAUGCCUCGCUUAUCGUCGUGCCAGGCUCACACCGUCGCGCACGCACAGAUGCAGAGCGCAAUGCGGAUCCCUACGAGCCGCAUAUGCCCAACCAGCUCAUUGUCGAGUUACAGCCCGGCGACGCGGUCUUCUACGAUAGUAAUAUCUUGCACCGCGGGACGUACAAGCAUAAGCCUGCCAGCGGGGAGGAGACGCGGUUGACGCUUCAUGGCAGUUUGGGGUUGAAGAGUGCUGAUGCGGAUGAUGCGGAGAAGAAGAAGGUGCGUGCUACGGCGGUCUUGCAGCAUGGUGUUGGGGCUUGGGUGCAUCGCGAGGACGCGGCUUUUGGGCUUGGGGAGAGACCGGAGAAAAUGCGGGCGAAUCUUGUGGCUAUGGGGACUGGGGAGGGGGUCGGGUUCUCUUUGCAGGGAUAG